GCAAAACUCAGAUGGGAAUAGCUGAAGGGAUUCACAGGUCAACAGAACCACUUCCGAUUUCCCGCAUGGUGGACUCUGUCUUACACGGCGAAGCUGGGCUGGUAUCAUGUACAGACAUGUACAUCAGUGGAUAUUCCUGGUCAAUCUUUGAACCAAUUCCAUAUAGUUCUUACAUGUUUGCUCCCAUAUAUGGCCUCAGGAACCCAAUCACAUACCAAAAAGAUCUGACAAUUCCCAAACAGGCAUUGCUGCCGGGCACAUACAUGGUUCAGUUCCGAGUCAUCAUCGCGGAUCUGCUGGGGAUCAGUGACGUAGACUUUGUACACCAGACGUGGAUUCGGGUCGUGCCGAUGCCCUUGGUGACGACCUUGGGCCCAUCCCUGGUCACUCAGCACACCUCCGAUGACUUCUGGGUGAGCGCUGAGGCAUCGUGGGAUCCGGAGGGUCUGGUCUCCUCAUCAGAUCUCAACAUCACCUGGACUUGUGACGGCUGUUGCCUAAAUGGGUACGUUUUCCAUCAACAUAGUCUUCGAUGCUUUAAGGCCUUCAACGACAGGACAACCUACAACGGUGCAGUCAGUAGGUGUUCUUUAGACGGGGGAACCCUUGCCAUGCCCCGCGACAGCACAACCAACGAGUUCCUUAUCGAUCUAAAAAAUGGCGUCGACAAUAACGCUUGGUACCGUUUUGGACUCACUGAUGUCCACCAGGAGGGAGUUUGGAUGUGGGACGAUGGCGUUCCUCUGGGCGACUUCAGAGCUUGGGGUCCAGGAGAACCCAACAGCGCAGGUGACGAGGACUGUGCCGAGUACUGGCCCCACUUGAACACAUGGAACGAUAUACCAUGUACCUUUGCUGACAGGAAGUUCAUCUGCCAACUCUCUCAAUUAGACGCUUGCAGAAAUCGUCUCAGAUACAGUGCAAAUCAGACAGCAGGAACUACCUUCAACUUCACAGCCCAGGCUUCCUCCCCAGGCAGACCAUCAGUCCAAGCAUCCCAGGUUGUGGUUUUCCAGGACAACAGGGCUUGUGUGUUGGCCAUACGCUGCAUCAACAAUUGUGAUUGGUCAAACACAAAUUCAUCAGAGGAACUCCAGCUGGAGGCUGUUCCAGGUAGUGAUGACACCCCCUGGUAUGAGUGGACAGUGGUGGAGCAUCCCUGGGGCUUUGGAGGAUUCCAGAUAAGCGUUAGUGAACCAGAAGUAGUCAUUGCAAACAACACAUUCAAUGUGGAAGGAACGUACACUCUCCGCGUGGUCAACUACAACGGGGUCUGCCUUGACGGCCUGGCCGUGUCUGAGUGGACGUUCACAGUUUGGGGCCUGGAGCCCCCAGCCUUGCAGAACAAGAACCUGUCCACUCCCUGUGUGAUAGAACGUGCAGGGGCAGGCGGAUGUGUCUGCUGUGGAGACUUCAUAGAUAGCCCUGGGUACAGUUAUGUCACCUACAAGUUUCGACGCCAUACGUCUGUGAAUGUAGAGAGGGGCUGGGUUGGUUUCCAACAGGAUGAACCACUGCAGACACCCCUCCCAUUGACACCUUUUUCCACCCAGGUUCCAUGGUACUGCCCAAGCAUCUUCCCCCCACAGGGCUUCAUCAUGGAGGUGGAAGUUAUGACAGUAGAUGGGAGGGUUACAGUACUCAACGUCACGGAAGACACAGAGGAGAUUCUGGAUGUGGAAGUCCUGUUACAGUUACAGAUUGAAGAGGUCAACGAUGUCAUUGACUUUUCCUCCCUCCUAGUUAUGAACACUGCCCAACCGGAGAAACGCAACUCCACAAAUACACUGCAGAUUGCGAGAGGUAUAGAACUGUCAGCAGAGACCAUAAAAAUGUUGGUAGAGAAUGACACAGACCGUACUAUCGCUGUGAAAGACAUCAAAAUAGCGUCUGCCAACAUCUUCACAGGGUGUGCAAUCCUGUUGAAGCAUGUGACAACUGCUGCCUGGGAUGUUGAAGGGUCCAACUUAAAUGAGACAAUUGAAGCUAACAAGAAAACAGCCAGCUCGGCUUUCAAGGCAAUCGAAAAUAUCCUUAACAUGUACGACACCCUGAUGAUGCCGACUGAUGGGACUAGGGGUGUCUCACUCGACAUGUCAAUGCUUCAUGCCAAGAUCCAGAGGGAACCUUGUCAAGGUGGCCAGAAGAAAGUGUUCACAGUCAACGACACUCUGUUUGUACUACCAGCAUUCAACACCCUUGACAACAGUUGUGAGGAUAGCUUUGGAGUGGAGUUAAUCAACUCUGACUUCAACCCUUUCCGGUACUCGGAAAACUCCCCUGAUGUUGGGUCGGAGGUGGCGGGGCUGACCGUGUGGCGGGGAAGGGACAGACGCCCGGUGCACCGCCUCCCAGAACCUGUGGACAUGAUCAUCCCCAGGGACAAACAGCGCACGACAAGUACCGUGUUCAAGUACACGGGCCAGCUCAGAAGCAGUGACGAUAUCAUUGUUGUCAAGUUCCGGCCCCAGAGAACCAGGACUGCACUCACAAUCCUACUUAACAUCAACGGCACCAGCCAACCAGAGCAAGACCUGCCACGCGUGCAACUGGUGUGGCAGAGAGCAUCACAACCGACUGCUGACAGCUUUGAAGCUGCCAAAUGGACAGCUCUGCUACCUGUUCCACAGGACCAGCUGUAUACACUACAGCUGCCGCACACGUACAACAAUACAAACCUGACGUCCAACCCGUACUCCUGGCUUCUGCCUACGGAAGCUCUGAAUGUUACGGAGUUCGACAUACAAAAUGAGACGACUUUUUACCUAGGUGUGAAGUAUGCUGGAGAGGACACCAGUGUCACAGUAAAAGUGUCUAUAUUAGAAAGUGCAUGUGUCUACUUCGGAGAAGACUCCUCCCACCUGUGGGAAGAUGAUGGAUGCAAGCUGGGCCCACUUUCCAACACCACCCACCUCCACUGCCGCUGUGACCACCUGACCAAGUUUGCCGGGUUUGUCCCGCCCAAUCCGAUCUACCUCCCGCCGAGUGGAAACUUCAAUUUCAAAGAGAACCCGAUAGGACUCAUCGCGGUCCUAACUGUGUUCGGUCUGUUUGUGCUCGGAUGUCUGAUGGCAAGAAAGGCAGACAGACGGGACCUGACAAAGUUGGGAGUGACCACACCAACCGGUCACACGUUGAACCCUGACCCUGACUGUCGCUACAUAAUCACUGUCUACACUGGCUUUCGCCUGGACGCAGGCACAACUGCACAGGUCUCCAUCACGAUGUUCGGCUUCCGUGAUGAGAGCCAGCCUCUGGCCCUGCAGGACGCCCGCCGUCAGCUGUUCCAGGGCGGCAGUGUGGACUCCUUCCUGGUGUCUUCUGAGGAGCCCCUGGGACCGCUCACACACAUCCAUGUGUGGCACGACAACACCGGCCCCAGCCCAGCAUGGUACCUGAGUAAGGUGGUGAUUCAACAUCUGAGCUCAGGACAGCUGGACUACUUCAUCUGCAACAAAUGGCUAGCUCUAGAUGAAGAUGAUGGAAGAAUCGACCGUAUGGUUUUUGUCGCCUCCCCAGAGGAGAUGACAGCCAUCUCCAACCUGAUCAGCGAAAGGGCUGCAAAGGACUUCCACGAUGGACACCUGUUCUUCUCCGUAGUUCGUCGUCCCGCCCGUAGCGGCUUCACCCGUGCCCAGCGCCUGGCGUGCUGCAUGUCCACGGUGUACAGCACCAUGAUGGCCAACAUCAUGUUCUUUGGGCAGGGGGACAACUUCGACCCCCCGCAGCCAGUCCGCAUCAUGGGGGUGCAAAUAGACCUUCCAAUCUCCCUACCAGAGAUCAUGAUCGCGAUACAGAGUGUGAUCAUCGUGGUUCCCAUCAACGCCCUGAUCGUACUGCUCUACAGGAGUGCUGCACCCAAAGCAAGCAGCAAACCAGUGACAAAACAUGCCAAUACAAAAGAUGUCAAAGCCAAAGAUGGUCAAAAAGGAACUUCAGGAUGUCGUCUGCCCUGGUGGGCAGCAACUGUGGCGGGCCUGCUGGUGUUCACUGUCAGCUUUGUCUCCGCGUUCUUCACCGUCGUGUACGCACAGACCUUCGGGCGUGAGAAGGCUGAGGCGUGGUUUACUGCCUUCAUCACGUCCUUCCUGACAGACCUGAUCCUGAUCCAGCCAGUCAAGGUGCUGACUCUCGCUGCCAUCUUGGUCUUACUAAUCCGGAAACCAACAACAGACGACGACCCACCGCCAACAGAAGUGGCAGGUGAUGAAGAGUACCUGCAGGUGGUGGCUGAACAGUCCGCUGCUGCUGUGGCAGCCACAGCCCCCCUGGCUGGUGAAACCCUGACCAGAGACAGAGCCCAGCGUGUCAGGAGGAAGAGGUGCCGCCACAUCCUGCGGGAGAUGGUGGUGUACGGCCUGUUCCUGUCUGUUCUCAUGCUCAUGUCCUACACUGAGAGGAGCAACCUGGCCUUCUACAUGAACAACUCCAUCAAGAGUGCUCUGGAAGGCACAUUCUCAACGAUAUCUGACCCUGCGUCCUACUGGACAUGGCUGGAGCAGGACGUCCUGCCUGCUGUUCACAGCCCAGCCUGGUACAACGGGAGGCCUUGUGAGGAAAACCUGACUCUGUCUGAACACCUCACACACGCCAUCUCCCCCUUACAACUACGACAAAUCCGCAUCACACAAGAACAAGACUGCACUAUUCCUGAUGCCAUGGCUCACAUCGCAGCCAGCUGUCUGGAUGAAUACUCUGCGAGUAAACUGGACACAGGCAGCUACGACGGCAACUGGGGUGUGGCUGUCAACUACACGAAUCAUGACAACAGUACUGACAACAGGACCAUCCCGUCCCCAUGGGACUACACGUAUGGGGAUAUCAACAAUGGUUUCCUGUAUGUUGGGGAGCACGGUGUGUACCCUAGUGGUGGUUACAUCGUCACCCUGGGCAGGACGCUCAACGACAGCCUCCGGACCCUGACUGAUCUUAUCUCCAACGGCUGGCUGGACAACCGGACCCGAGCGGUCUUCAUGGAGGCGGUUCUCUACAACCCUCACGCCAACCUCUUUGCCGUGGUUACCAUGACGACCGAGUUUGACAUCACCGGGCGUGCCUUCACGGCAACAGAGCUGGUGAUCUUCAGGAUCCAUCAUGAAGGCCAGGUCCUGCUGCUGGUCCUACGGAUGGGCCUGAUCAUCUUCCUGCUCUUCAACCUCGUCAGGGAAGUCCUGAAGUUUCACACAUACGGAAUGGUUUACCUGACGGACCCCUGGAGCUGGCUAGAGAUGCUCAUCAUCACCACAGGCAUGGCCGCCAUGGGGCUGUACGCCCGCGCCCAGGGCUUGACAGACGAGGUCUCCGGGUACCUGAAGGAGGGACACGUCCUGUUCCACCUGUACCGCACAGCCGCCAUGUGGCACCAGGUGUACACGUACCUGCUCGGCGCGCUCACCUGCUUCACCUUAGUCAAGUUCAUCCGCCUACUCAAGUUCAACAAGCACGUCAACGCGCUCCUGUACACCAUGAAGAAGACGGCGAAGCCCCUCGUCAGUUUCUUUGUCAUUUCAGGCAUCGUCUUCACGGCAUUCGCGCUGGCAGCUAACCUCACCCUUGGCAUCGCCACGUCAGGGUACAGCAGCUUGCUGCGCACGUACACCAGCCUUUUCAACAUGAUGCUGGGCUCGUUUCAGUUUGCAGUCUUGGAAGAGAGCUCCCCCGUCUGGGGUCCCGCCAUCUUCCUGUCCUUUCAGAUCACCGCGCAGUUCAUCCUCCUGUCCAUGUUCAUGACCAUCAUCAUGGACGUGUACAUGGAAGUAAAGAGCAGCGAUCCUGAGGACGUGGAAAUGAUGGCGUACCUGUGGGAGGAGGUGUGUGGAGUGGUACACAAGAUCAAAACCAUCGCAAACAGGCCUGAAACACGACAACCGGCGGCUAGGGAACACCAGUUCACCCAGCUGGACCAGAUGCAUGAGAUGUUAAAGAAGCUGGACAGAGAUGAGAAAUGUAGACGAGAGAGGCGCAGAGAAGAGAGACAAAUAGAAAAGAGGCAAAGGGAAGAGAGGGAGAGAAUGGUCCGGUACUCUGAGGCUCCUAGCUUGUGGUUUGUGUGA